UUCAUUUGAAGACGAGUCGCAGUCGCAGAAGCAGACAAAGCCGGCAAUUUAUCCAAUUGUAUGUGUGAGCGCGUAUGCGUGUAUAUGUGAGGAAUUUUAACUGUGGGCGUGAAACGUGAAACGAGCUUUUGCGUUUUAAGCUGAGACACAACAAACAAAAAUAAAAAAAGACACAAAAAAAUAAACGCAAAAUCAAAUAAAACGAAAUUAGUAAAGCUUGUUGUUAACUUAAAUUUAAUCAAGUGCGAAAACAAAGAGCACAAUUUCAAGCCAAGCCAGUUGACAAAAGAAAGUUAGUUUUUGGCUUUUGGUGUUAAUUUCAAAUGGGCCAACAAAGCGUUUUCUAAUUGAGUCAAAAUAGAAAGUCUGGCAACGCGCCACAACGUUAACGUUAACGGUGUGCAAUUGACACAGGUGACCGGUUGGAUCUUAGGUAAUCAAGCAACCUUUGCCAUAAUACAACGACAACCACAACAGCAACAACAACAACAAACAUGACGAACGCUGCGAGACUAAUCUUGGCCAGCUGCCUGAUCAGCGCCAUGGUUAUCCAAAUGAGCUCAGCAUCGUCAAUACCAAUUUGGGAGUUUUUGUCGCGUAACGAAAAGAUGUCUUACCUAUACUCGACGUUCGCGCAGUUGGUUAGCGUGCACUGCAAGACGACAGUGGGCGGCGGCCUGCCAGUGAACCAAUGCAAGCACAAUCUGCUCAGCUAUGGCUAUGAGAAAUUGCAGACAUUCUCCGAUGCGCAGCUGGAGGCACUCGAUCCAUAUCAGCGCGAUGCCAAUGAGCUCAUCUGGUCAUCGAUUAUGCGGGAUCAUCCCAGCGCAACGCUGAUAACCACACGCAAGCCAACGCAGCCAGUGCCGACACCACCAGCCUCCUCGCUUAUCAUACUCACCCAUCAGCAGCAGCAACAAAAUCCGCUCUUCGAGAGCGCUAGCGAGCAUAAACACAAUUAUGCCAUGGAUAUGGACAUGGCCUAUGGCUAUGGCAGCGAACAGACACCGCCAGCAGCAGCUCAUCAAUCGAGUGAUUUGCCCGUUGCUGCCCCCCUCACUGCGGAGCCACCGCAAAGGUAUCUGAGUGGACCGCUAGUGAUGCGCCUGCGUCCGGAUGGCACACCUGUCGACGAGGAUAAGCAUCGGCCGCUGCCGCGUGACGAUGACCUGGAAUCGUAUCGGCUGGCCAACAGCGGCAAUCUGCCGCGUCCCAACAGACACCGCAAGAUAGCCACGAUCAGUGCACUGAAGCAGCAACACUUUGCGGCCAUUGCACUGCAGCGGGAGCUGCAGCCACCACAUCUGCAACAGGUGCGACGCCAAUACCGUCAGACGCAGUCACAGCCGUUGAUCAGCGCCGGCUAUUACUACGGCAAAGGGCAGGCGUAAACUGUCCAAUGGGUUCCAUAUUUACUCUUCAGUAGAUCCUAGUUAGAUUUAAGCAUAAUGAUUGAGUGUGUCGUGUGCCUGAGAGUUAAAUUGAAUGGAGGAGAGUUUUGAAUGUGAUAUUUUUUGGUCGUGCAUGAGGAAUCUUUUUGUUUAACUGUAUAAAUGGUUUCGAUGCACUUGAGCUUUAAUUGAAUUUUGUAUAUGUACAAUUUAUAUAACAACGUUUAAGUUUUCUAUAAUUUUAUUUAUUUCUGUGCAUUAGCUUUAAGUUGAAAUAGAGAUUCUUACAAAAUAAAAUACAUAUUUCAUAUUUUUAUUGAAAAAGUUAAA